AUGCGAUCUCGUCGCUAUCGACCCACGUCGUCUUCUGCCUCUCUUUUGUGUGGAGUGUUCCCAGACUUACCGAAACAGUUGACGCUCUUUCAUAAAGGGCCUAGUCGGCCCCGACAGUUCAAUGGAUCCUCCAUCAGCAACACGCUGAAGAUUGGCUCAAUCAUGCAAAACGAUUUAAUGUCGAUCCUGCUGAACUUCCGGUGCUAUCGGUUUGUCUUCACAAUCGAUACACCGAAAAUGUUUCGCCAACAGAUGAUGCACGCUGAAGAUGCACAUUUUCAGCGUGUACUAUGGCGGGAUGAUCGAUCGAUACCCCUGAAGACUUUUGAAUUACGCACGGUGACCUACGGCUUGGCUCCGUCGUCGUUUCACUCCAAGAUGGCAUUCUCCCAGUUGACCGAUGAAUCGAUGGAGGAUUACUCGAUAGCUUCACCCGUACUCAAAAUGGCUUUCUACAUCGAUGACGCCCUCUGCGAGGCGCACACAAUUGAGGAGGCACAGUUGUUGUGUCGACAGCGGCUGCAAUUACUGCAUAGCGGUGGAUUCGACGCACAUAAGUGGUGCUCAAACGAACCAGCCAUCCUGGAGGAAAUCUCGAAGAACCUCUGGGGUACUGAUUUUGACGUUGAAGAUGCUGCUGAUAAGGCGGUUGUUAAAACUCUUGGAGUGGUGCGGAAUGCUUCGCAAGAUUGGUUUUCGUUCCGCAUCCGACCGGCCAAAGAUGCUUGCCGGUCGGUGACUUGCAAAGGAGUGCUGAGUGAAAUUGCAAAGUUUUUCGAUUCACUCGAACUUGGUGUACCAGUGGUCACUACAGCAAAACUGAUCUUCAGAGAGGUUGGUCUUCUCAACCUUGGGUGGGACGAUCCCGUUCCUGGCGCCAUUGCUGAGAAUCAACUGCCAGCGGACUCAGGCGUGCCUUCCGGACUCAACUGCCAGCGUUAA